UACUUUACCAAACUGUGUUUCUAAACUUCUCUAGUUUCAGAACGGUGAGCAAUCAUGGCAAGGCAAGAAUCAUUGUUGCCCUCUUCUUCCUUUAGCUUUGGAUGGAAAUACGAUGUGUUUCUCAGCUUCAGAGGAGAAGAUACUCGUCACGGUUUCACUGGCUAUCUCUACAAAGCUCUUCGUGACAGGGGAAUUCACACCUUCAUUGAUGAUGAAGAGCUUCAAAGAGGAGCGGAAAUCACACCAUCACUUGCCAAGGCAAUUGAAGAAUCCAGGAUUGCCGUCACUGUGUUCUCUAAGAACUAUGCUUCUUCUUCAUUUUGCUUGAAUGAACUUGUCCAUAUCCUUCACUGUAUCAAAGAAAAGGGUCGGUUGGUUUUGCCAGUUUUCUAUGACGUUGACCCUUCUCACGUGCGACAUCAGAGGGGUAGCUAUGAACAAGCAAUGGCUAGUCAUGAAGAGAGGUUCAAGGACAACAAGGAGAAGCUGCGGAAAUGGAGGAUGGCUCUGCAUCAAGCAGCUAACUUGUCUGGCUUUCAUUUUAAACAACAGGGGAAUGAGUACGAAUAUGAGUUUAUUGAGAAGAUUGCUAAAGUGGUCUCCAACAAGAUUAAUCGCUCUCCUUUACAUGUUGCGGAAUAUCCAGUUGGAUUGGAGUCUAAAGUGCUUAAAAUAAUCUCUCUUCUCAAUGUCGGAUCUGAUGGAGUCCACAUGAUAGGGAUCCAUGGAAUUGGUGGCAUAGGGAAGACAACCGUUGCUCGAGCAAUUUAUAAUGCUACUGCUGAUUCAUUUGAAGCUUUGUGUUUUCUUGAUAAUGUGAGAGAAAAUUCAAUUAAACAUGGAUUAGAACAUCUCCAAAUGACACUUCUUUCUGAUUUAGUUGGAGAGAAGGAUAUUAAGUUAUCAAGUGUCAAUAAAGGAAUUCCAAUAAUAAAGCAUAGGCUCCAGCAGAAGAAGGUUCUUAUAGUUCUUGAUGAUGUUGAUAAACGACAGCAAUUGCAGGCAACUGUUGGAAAGCCUGAUUGGUUUGGUUCUGGUAGCAGAAUCAUCAUUACAACUCGGGACAAGCAUUUGCUGAAAAGUCAUGAGGUUGAAAGAACGUAUGAGGUAGAUGGGUUGAAUAAAAAAGAAGCUCUUGAAUUGCUCUGUCAGAAUGCUUUUAGAACUGAUAAAAUUGAUCCUAGUUAUGUUGACAUUUUAAACCGUGCAGUGACUUAUGCUUCUGGACUUCCAUUGGCUUUGGAGGUAAUAGGUUCCAACUUGUUUGGAAAAAGGAUAGAAGAAUGGGAAUCUGCAUUAGAUCAGUACAGAAGAAUUCCUAAUUAUGAGAUCCAGAACAUACUGAAAGUAAGUUUUGAUUCUUUGGAGGAAGAUCAGAAAAAAUUGUUUCUUGAUAUUGCUUGUUGCUUGAAAGGAUAUGUUUUGGCAUAUGUUUAUGCUCAUCAUGAUUUUCGCCCAGAAUAUGGCAUUGGAGUGUUGAUUGACAAAUCUCUCAUAAAGAUUAAUGUAUCUGGUCAUGUAACAUUGCAUGACCUGAUAGAGGAAAUGGGUAAAGAAAUUGUCAGACUCGAAGCACCAAGAGAGCUAGGAAAACGUAGUAGAUUAUGGUUCCCCAAUGAUAUAGUUCAAGUUUUACAAGAUAAUACAGGAACUAGUAGUAUUCAAAUCAUAAUUCUGGAAUUCCCAAAAUUUGAAGAAGUAGUUGAAUGGGAUGGAAACGCCUUCAAGAAGAUGGAAAACCUCAAAACACUUAUUAUUAGAAACAGUUGUUUUGCACAAGGUCCCAAACAUCUUCCAAAUAGUUUGAGAAUACUGGAAUGGUGGAGAUAUCCUUCACCAUCUUUACCGUCUGAUUUUCAUCCAGAGAAACUUGUGAUACUGAAGUUACCUGAAAGUCGUUCUAUUUCAAUUGAUUUUCUCAAGUCAAAUAAGGAGUUUGUGAAUAUGAGAGUUUUGAAUUUUAAAAAAUGUGAAUGUAUUAUCGAGAUACCUGAUGUGUCUGGUGUCCCAAAUUUAGAAGAAUUAUCAUUUGAAAAAUGUUAUAAUUUAAUUAAAAUUCACACAUCAGUUGGAUUCUUGAAUAAACUUAAAUUCUUGAACGCUGAUUAUUGUGAGAAGUUAAGGAGUUUUCCACCCAUCAAGUUGACCUCUCUUAAAAAACUCCAACUUUCAUAUUGUCCGAGUCUUGAGAAUUUUCCAGAAAUAUUAGGAAAGAUGGAAAAAAUAACAAGGCUUGGUAUCACUGACACUCCCAUAAAAGAACUACCAUUUUCAAUUCAAAAUCUCACUCAGCUUGAAAGUCUAGAGCUGAGGCGUUGUGGAGUUCUGCAGUUACCAAGGAGCAUUUCGACGAUGCGAAAACAUCUUUUGUUGAUUGUUAGGGAAUGUGAGGGAUUGCUUUUAUCUAAACAGGACGAAGGUGAGGCACAACUCAUUUAUAGUGUUGACCUUUGGGAAUGCAAUAUAUCAGACGAAUUCAUUCGAAAAGGUCUCCCUUUGUUUGCCAAUGUGCAACGGUUAAGCCUAUCCAAGUGUAAUCUCACAAUUCUUCCUGCAUGCAUCAAAGAAUGUUGCUUUUUGACAGAAUUUUCUUUACUUUCUUGCGAGAAUUUUCGGGAAAUUGGAGGGAUUCCUCCCAACUUAGAAACAUUCUCUGUAGUGAAGUGCACAUCCUUGAAAGUUUUAGACCUCACACUAUUUCCUGAAUGUUUGAAGACACUUGCUUUGGUUGAGUGUGGGAAUCUUCAAGAAAUUAAGGGGAUUUCACCCAACAUAAGAACUUUGUAUGCAGAAGUCUGCCCAUCCUUGACAUUCGAGUGUACAAGCAUGUUACUGAAUGAGGAACUGCACGAGAAGGGUGGAGGCAAACUGUUUCUCUUGCCAGAAACAAGGAUUCCAGAGUGGUUUGAGCAUUGUGUCAGGGGACCGUCAAUUUCUUUCUGGUUUCGUAACAAGAUCCCUGCGAUAUCUCUAUGUUUUGCUAUUCACAUUGGAUAUUAUGCCACUUUUCGGCUCAAUAUUGAAGUCAACGGCAUUUCAAAAGACACAGAAGAGGAUUUCUAUUUGGCUUACAAUGCAGGGGAUUAUACGGUUCUUUCCGAUAUAAAACAAGAUAAAUUCUUACUUGACGGAAUUUUUUCUGAUAUAGAAGAAAAUAAAUGGAAUUAUGUGGUGUGUACUUUAUCAAGCACAGAAGAAACAGUGUUUGUCAAACAAAGUGGAAUCCAUGUAUUCAAACAAGGAAGUCUCAUGGAGGACAUUCAAUUCAGCGAUCCACUGUUGCUUAAAGAAGAGCAUAGAUUGGUGGACAUGGCAGACUGUCGGACAAUUUAUGCAGCACCAAAAUAAUUUGGCUUGAUUGCCUUUUUUGGAAACAAUAAAAUUGGGAAAGGGCAAAGAGUUGCUUUCAUUGCUUCCACCUACAGCAUCGAACAAUAAUAUGAAUUGGCAUUCAAAUUCAAUGGUAUCAAAGCUGAGAAGUAGCACUCCCAAUUUCCAAGGCUGUGAAAUUGUGUCCAUAAAGAGGAAAAUAGGUAUGUUAAAUGUGAACUUGGACAAUGCAGCCUGUGAACCUUCUUGUUCUGCACCUUCAAAAGUGGCUUUGAAUUCAGCAGCGUCAAACUUUGCUAGGGGUGCUGCCACCGAAGAAGGAGAAUCUUCGCAAAAUAUUCAGGCCCCAAUUCCCCCUUCAUCAAGCGGCAAAGUUAGUGGAGAAGAAAUACACCUAAAAACGUGUUGCACGGUGUCGCCAACCUCAAUUGACGCGUCUUUCAAAAAUCAAAUUGAGCCAAGUCAAGACGAUGUAGAAACAGAAGCAUUUUAUGCUUCUCUUGAAAGAUAAGAACCUGAGCGAAUCUUAGGGGGGUCAGAUAAGAUGCUUAGUGAAGGAAACUUUAUAGAUGAAUUGGCCCUACAGGUAUCUCCGAAGAGCAAUUGAUGCAUAUUUGAAAUUGGAAGCUUUUCUUUAUCCUGAUCUAUACUUUUUUUCUAUUUGUCAGUUGUUUAAUUUACAGUUCAGUAGAU